UGAGGAUCACGCGGUCCUCAUCCUGGAAGGCGAGUAGCACCGACAGCACCCAAGCGUUUCGUGAUCUCCUUCAUACUCCUCUGCCAAGUCAAGGGUUGGCCACCUCCUGUUUACGCCAUUCUGAAUUGGACAUGGAAAACAGCAUUCUCUUCGGCAAACGGUUGUUCGGCAUAUGCAACACAUGUCCUAACCAACGCAACUUCUGGGGCUGGACACAUUCUUCAAUGGAAGUACCCGUUGCACAACCUAACGCGCUCUCUCUGAAGCCUUCAGUUCGGGUUCCCCGACACCACACGAGCUAUGGUUCUGCAGUUCACCUUUCACCUACAUCUCCGACAAGAGUCGCGGCGACACAGUGGCAGAGCAGAUCAACCUCUUUAUCAAAGAAUGGAUGGGUCUACUUCACCCUACCCACUGUUACGGCCGUCACUAUAAAGGAUAUCAGAUAUAUCCGAACGCUUCCACAAAACUCCGUGUUAGUCACCAGACCUCAUACCCGCUUAAAAAGGCAACUGGAUAGCCAAACGAUACCUUUCGCUCAAUCCACCGGACUCAUCGACUCUCCUGAAAGUCGGACCAUUGCAGCUGCUGUUUGCAAAGCCCAUUGUCUCAAGGGUUGUGUUGACAACCUGAAGCAAAAAGCAAUCACAGAUGCGACAGUGGACGAGGUGGUCAAGGUGUUAUCCGAUGUACCAACUCAACUCCGGUCGGAAUGCAUUCGACUAUCGCCAGGAUUCUUAUACUAUGAGGAGUGUGAACAGGCUUGUGAGGCAGACAAACCCUACAACGAAUGUAUCCAGAUGUGCGAGACUGGUGAUUCUCCUGGCGGAUGGUCUUGUCUUACUGGAUGCAGAGUCUUGGAUGCUGCUCUGAAGGAAAGGUCAGGUGAAUGUCCUCCACAAGGCGGACCUGCAAUUCAUCGACUUCCUGGGUUGAUGGAACAGACAGGUGAAUGGCUACCCCCAAAGGGUCAAGCGGCAAACAGAGAUUUGGCCGCAGACGAACCCUCCGGAAAAUGGUAUCCAAGUGUACAUUCCCUGAUGAACGAUGCAGUGGCAUCUAGUUGUACGGUCGACGCAGAAUGUCCCAACAAGAAAGAUAAAUGUUGCCACUCCAAAUGCAAGCGUGCUGUGUUUCGUGAAGAUAUACUUCCUUCAAUCCCCACCGUUCGAAUUUUGGAAUCCAAGUCUCCCCCAUCAUUCGUGCUCUCCUGGGAUUCGCUUGACUCGAACACGGUGCGGGCUAAUUUGUCCAACCCGACGGUCUAUGUGCUACAAGUGAAGACCUAUUUUGGUCCAGAAUUCGACAGUCGGUUGUCCAAUGCGUGGAAAACGCUGGUGAUGUCUACCCUCACCGGUGCUCAACUCAGCGAGCCACGUAUAGGCUGGUGGUAUCAAUUUCAAGUGGCCUCGGUCAACCGCUGGGGUUCGCUGGGUUUCGAAAUCCCCUCGCCUCCCGUCCAGCUGACCAGCCAGAAGCCGCAAGCCCCUUCCGCUCCACGAGAUCUAAGAGACGGUAUGUUAUCCCUGCAGGCAGACAAAGAAAUUCGCGUACAAAUCCACUGGUCCCCUCCAGCCGUGGCCAGCAUCCCAGUGACUGAGUAUCGGAUCUACUGGGGUCCGGACUCGCCACACACGCCGGAAGAACCAGAUUUUUCGGAGAAACCGACACAGUUUGUCCAAACCGUACCAGCAUCGGAAACAUCCUAUGUGCUCACAAAUCUGGCUCCGAAUGCAUUGUAUCGUGUCCAGGUACUCGCUAUGAGUGAAUGGGGCACUGUACAACUCCGAUCCCGUCCCAGUAUCAUCUUCGUCCGCACCCCCAGUGUGGACCACUUGGGUGUGGAACAAAGACCGCUGGAUAUGCAAAUAUUCUCAACUCAAGACAUCACGGUGGACACAGACGAGGCCGGUUAUCCACAACCCGAAGGGAGUCGGCGACUUGGUGGAAGUUUCUCAGCACGUGUUCACUCGGCGAUGGAUCUGUCUGGAGGACAUACGCAGUGCAUUUGUGACGGAAAGAGCAAAAGUGGUGUACUCCCUGAACCGUCUGUCAUCAGCACAGCGACUGCCGUUGACAGCCCGCAUGCAGCCCCACCUCGCUUCGAAUUGCACACAGAUCCUGCCGUGUUUGACGGAAGGCAAGUGCGUAUGCGACUUCAGCUGAGUGAGCACAGUUCCACCCGUCUAGGUUCAGAUCUAGUUCACCUGAAGUGGACCGCUCAAGUGUGCAUCGAGACCCAUGGAGCUGCGGAACCCCGACUAACACCGUUGGUAACAAAAACUCAACCGAUAUCAACGAAUAAAUUAGUUGGCAUCAAACCAAUCGAACAACUGCUUCUCCAACCAUCCACUUUGGCCUUACAUUUGAAACCCGUGUCUAAAAACCAGACUAUCAUCAGGUAUGGAGAAGCGGAACUUACCAACCUACAGCUAAAUUGUCGAUAUAUUUUGGAAGUCCUGAAGGCGCCGCCAAGCACAUCUGGCGGACGGAAGUCCUCUGAACCUGACACGUUGUUGCGCGCAUGUGUAUGCACUCCGGCCUGUUCUGAACUGGUGUUGUCCCCAUGGGUUCCCACUCUGGACUGUCAGCGAUCAGAAACAGUAAACAUACCGACUCCACGCAAUUUGAAAUAUCACCUUGUAAAAUCCGCUCCUCUGGCCUACAACAUCACUUGGUUGCCUGGUCGUGAAUUGGGCGAGACCCGGUCGAAACACGGUGGCACAUUUAUCCGUGCAGAACAAAUGGUCACAGAAAAACCACAGUCUGUAAAUUUCGACGCGGAACACAACUUGAUGCAUUACAGGGUUAUCUGGGGACCAAGCCGCGAUAAACCCAUCAGCCCAAACUUAUGGAAAUUGUGGCCCGGUCUACAUCCCAGAUUGGAUCCAGCCAAUUCAGAAGCAAAGGUUUUACGGAAAGGCGAAACUUCACUGCUCAUCAGUCCGCUCAGUGCAGGCACCCAGUAUAUUGUCAAAGUGCAGGCCAUUAACCCCACGUCAGUGGUCUCCAUGGCCGUCGACGAUGAAGCCUUCGCUACACGUCAUCUGACAGAUCCAGGUCGCGUGGUAAUGCGAUCUACCCAUCCCGGUUCACAGGUGUCCUUACCAAUGGUCAGUAAAGAGGCAGUUCUGUAUUUUGAAACCCCCUCGUUGACCAAUCCUGAAGUGUCCCCACCCGAUAUUCGAACGGGACCAGUCAAAUUGGACAGAUUGUCUGGAAAAGCAACUUCUGCAAAAGCCGGUCGACUUCCCUGGUGGCUACUUUCCUGGACGUUUGGCUCACUGAUACUGACGAUUUCCAGAUGUUGUGUUUCUUGACGUGACUCCCCUGUUGGUCAAAACGAUGAAGUUACGAAAAAUUUCUAAAACUGCAACGAGCUGUGAUAUCCCGAAUACAAACAGGCCGGUUCCAGUUCGCUCACGACACUCAAGUAUGGUUCAAUCAAGGUGAACGGUAAUCGUGCCAGCCCAAUGAGUACUUUCUACCCCCUUACCUAUGUACAGUUUACCUUGUCCUCAAGAAUUAUUAAAGAACUAUUUCUCUCCGUU